GUGCGGAUGGUUUGAACGGUUAGGAAUAGCAGCUGUGUUUAUGGAGGAAAGAGUCGGGCCUGUGUGGGGCUUUCGAUGAGAUUGGCUUCGGUUCAAGUGUGUCCUAGUUUGGUGUUGGUAUUGUACAUCUGUAUUAAACCUGAAAUAACUGAGCGAGUUUACUUCCUCCACUUGUGACUGUAUUCUAACUGCACGGAAAGCUCGUUUCCGAGACCGAAGCGACCUGCGGCCGACGGCGCCUGUACCUGUAUUGCAGCCGACUACGACCAGAAUAUCGAACGUCUCUAAGCUGGCAGGGGCAUUCUCAUCUCCUAAGAUGUCCUCCGAUGAAGAAAGCACUUUCAGUCCAGUAUUGCCUAAAGAUUCAGAUCGUGGUAGUUCGGUUUCUUCAGAGCUACAGGAUGAGUAUGAAGAGCUCCUACGUUAUGCAGUGGUAACUCCAAAGUGGGAUUCUAGUGGCCUCAGACAGUCGCAUUCCAUGACUAAAUCUGCAGCAAGUGACAAAGCUUUAAGUGCAGUAGCAGCAGGUUUUCCAACAGAACAGGAGAGGCAUGAAGGACAAUGGGCUGCAGGCAUAACAUUGGUCCCUGAGAAACCUGAUUCGGCACAAAAAGAAAAAUCUCUGGAAGGCCAGGAAGUUUCCCAGAAGAUAACUGUUCCAUCUGCAUCAAAUAUAGUUUUACCUAUAGAAAGGCUUUUUCACUCUGAAAGGACCCCUUCGCAUGUGUCAGUUACAAGAACACCUGUGAUGUCUCAGUCAGUGCAUCAUUUGCCUAUUCCAGCUGAAAAUCUGGAUAAGGUAGAAAAUAUACUCAACAUUGCAAGUGACCAACUCAAGGCCAAUAUUCUUUUUGAAAUUCGCCAGUGGAGGCUUUCAGUAAUCGAACAACAUAAGCAGGAGUUAAAAGAAGAAAAGGAGAAGCAUGAAGCUCAAAUUGCACAAAUGGCCUCCCGGACCCAGAACUUAAACCAGCUAAUUCGUACUUAUGAGGAUUCUGUUCGAAGAAAAGAUGAGGUGAUUUCCAACUUGAUUCAAGGUCUUAAGAAUCUAAAAGAGAAGAUUGAAUUGAUGCGUAGAUUUACACAGUGGCGACUUCAACAUUCAGAAGCGAAAGCAGAAGAUUAUGCCAAUAUCCUGGCCAACAAGCAUUACAAUUUCUGUCUGAUGAGGAAAGCGUGUACAGCUUGGAAAUCGGUAUUGCAAACAGAAUGGAAAACAAGGGUAGAAAAAGCAUGUCAAGCUCGAGCUGAGGAAGUCUGUGUUGAGCUCUCGAGAGACUAUGAGAGAAAGCUUGAUGCAUCAAAAGAAGAACUGGAAGGUGCAAGAACAGAGAUACGACGAUUGUUAGCUGAGAAGGACAAGUAUACUGAUUCUAUGAAGAAAGCAUUCAUGCGUGGUGUAUGUGCUCUGAAUUUGGAAGCAAUGAGCAUGUUUCAGAAUGGAAGCAGAAGAGUGGAACAUGCAGAGCCUCUACAUGGAAGAGAUGACUUUGAUUGCUGUCCUUCUGCCUCUGCACCCAAACCAUCAGUUUGUCCUGUUCCAACAACCUUGGAUCCUUCAAUUCCCUUUGACUCUGAUCGGAUGAUCACUUUACAUUUUGGUUCGACAAAUGUUUCCCAGACAACUUCAGGAGGUGCAUCUACUCCACCAUUUACUACCACUGUGACAACAUCUUCGGCAUUAGGAUUCCAAUCGGCCCAAAAACUGCCUGUGACCAAAUGUACCAGCUCUGUACAGCAAAAAGCUGGGAAAACCAUAGUGGCACGUCUGACAGGGCAACAUGACCCAUCCGCAAGAGGGUUUAAAGGUGGAUCCAGCCAGGGAGUGUCUCCACCAAUGACGACAAUCUGUGUGGAAAGGCAUCAUCCAGUUACACAGCAAACCAUUGGCCAAGCGACUGCAGCCAAAUAUCCUCGAUCAAGUCAACUCCAGUCAGCCACCGGGGGGAAUGCAAAAUUGUCCACAGUCAGCUGUGGCAUCCAGUCAAUAAAGGUUGUAGACUGAUUGCCUCACCACUAUCCGCAACUACCUGAAAUACAUACAAGGUACCUCAUGGAAACUGAUGAAACAUGGUUGUGUUGUGUUACAACCGAAGACUGAGGACUUGUAAUUGGGAACUACCAGUAUUAUUCAAUUAUUAAUGAACUAAUCCACAGGCACAAUUGUAAGUGUGUGAUUGCAUAUUCCCAGUUUAACAAAAAAAUGAGGUUUAUACAGAGUGGUUCUUAAGCUAUGAUGGAUGAGUGAUUUUUAAAUGCUGUAAAAUUUAAUGAAUUGACUGGAGAGAACUUAAAAAUGACUUGUGUUUUAGCCUAUUGGUAACAGAUCUUUCUAAGCAUGGUUUGUGUGAAGACGCUGUGCAUAGAAUUUUCAUAAUGCUGAUAAUGAGUUUGAUUAAUUUUCCAUAAGAGUGAACUCGGGGAUGCGACUGGUUGGAGUACAUGGCUUUCUCAACUGUGAGAUUUGAUUUUGAAAAUAAAAUCCAAUCUUAAAAUCCUCAUCUUGCUUAAAGAAAUGAAACUCUCCAUUGGCAAUUGGACAAGUACGUGUCCUCUAGUUUAUUCUGCUUCUACCAUUAUUUUACAAAUAAUUAAAAUACAGAUUGCUUGGAUAUUAAGACGCUUUUUAUUGUAAUAUCUUAUUUUAACCAAAAAGUAAUGCUAAAACAAAUACAGUUUUUAACUAAUAAUUCUCAUUUUCUCUUACCUGGUUCCCCUUCUAAACUAAUCUAUUGUCUAAAAGUCGACCUCUUUUGUUACAUGGAUGAGCUGUCUCGCUGCUUUUACAAUGCGACAUUACCACAUAAAUGGAGUUUAUAACAAUGCUUUUAUGAACACCUGUUUGUAUAUUAUUUUUGAGGCAUUGUAGUCAUUAAUUUUAUGGAAUAGAGGAAAAGAUGGCUAAAUAUGAGAGGUGUAGCCCAAGUAAUUUUUAUUUGUCAUUGUCCUUGUAAACUGAAAUUCACUGAGUAUACAUUUCCUUGAUGCUUUAAGUGGAACAAGUUAGCAGAACAAUUGUAUACAAUCUAUAUGGUCUGUGUAAGUUGAGAAGAGUGAAUUUGAAAUUGAGGAUUUUGAAUUAUUAGUUUCCAUUUUGUCCUGUGCUGUAAGAAGGUAAAAAUGAUGGGUUUGCUGUGUUACAGGAGAGGUUUCCAUGGCUUGGCCUUAACUGUAUUAAGAGUAACAAAAUGUUCAGAGCAAAAAUUGUUCUGAGCUUGUAUUUCAAGACACUUAUUAUUAUCAUUUUUUAAAUACAUAGAAAUUUAGCUUAUUAUUUUCAUAAUUAAAGUUUUUUGUUAAAUAUAUUUAUGACUUAAAUUUCAAGUUUUAGUUUAUUCCCAUUGAACCGUAAUGAUUUUGAACGAUAUGAGCACAAAGCUUGACUUUAAAAGAGUAAAUGAUUUCUGUGUAUGUAUAGGAUUCCUAUUUUAAACUUCUAUAUUAAAUUUUCUCCUA